AUGGCCAAGGGGAAAGCAAAAGGUUCAAAAGGGAAGAAGAUUACCUUGAAAACUGCCAAAAAUUCCAUCCGGAUAUGUUUAGAUGGAGGGCGCCGUCUUGAUUUAAGUAAGAUGCGUAUCACCACCUUCCCCAAGUGCAUUCUGAAACUGGCUGAUGUGGAUGAACUUGAUUUGCGCAGAAACAUGUUAAAAAAGAUUCCAAGCAGCAUCCAGAAGUUACAGAAACUGCGCUGGCUGGACCUGCAUAGUAAUCAGCUCAAGGAGCUGCCCGAGGCGAUAGGUACACUUCAGAACAUUUUCUACCUGAAUAUAUGCAACAACAAGCUAACCACCAAAAAUCUGCCAGAAGAAUUGAACCUUCUCAAGAAUCUGCGUAUUCUCAACCUUGGCUUGAAUUGUCUUGACAGUAUUCCCACCAGCCUCGGGGCCCUGAAAGAACUUAGUGAGCUAGGUCUCUUUGAUAAUGCCUUGACCACUAUCCCAAACAGUGUGAAAAAGCUCCCCAAGCUCAUGAAACUGAAUGCAAAAAGAAACCCUUUCCCAGAUUCAACAAAGCGAGAAGAGCAUGCCGACUCCAUCAAAUGCAUGGAAACAGUACCAGAGAAAGACCUGUGCUGUUCCUGCCUGAAGAUAUGUCAGGAUGCGAGGGACAAGCUGAGCAAGUUAAAGAACAUGACAUCCAGCCCCUCAAAGAAGCCAAGUUUCCCUUUGCUCCUUACACCCAAUUCCUCUGCAAAGGAUAAUGAAGAAGAAUGGAGAUUAAGAGGCAGACAUCCCUGA